AGGUUUCGGGGAUGAGCCGUAAAGGAUAUAAUAAGAAAACACCCUGAAUAAUGGAAGGAAGAAACGCUGUGCAGAAGUAUUUAGUGCAGUAGGAUUGCUGAAGCUUUAAUCAGACACAUUUGUGUGUUUAAUGAGAGAUAAUCAUGCGCGGCUCGGAGAUCAGCACCUCGGCUGUGAUUGUGCUCUGUCUGUUAGGAUGCAAUGUCUGGAAAACAGGAACAGAAGCUCUGAGAGAGGAUAGCGGCACUAAAGAAGUGGGAUUGAAGGUCCAUUUGAGCGAUGCCAGUACCCAUCAGCCCCUGUCCGAUGCCACUGUAGAGCUCUUCGCCAAUCACACAUCCAUUGCCAAGGAGAUCUCCGGCGCAGACGGCAACAUCUUUAUCAGAUUCCCCUAUCGUCUCGGUGACCUGCUUGUUGUCACAGCGACCAGGCGGGGCUACGUGCCCAACUCCGUCCCAUGGCAGCCAACCAGACUGCCUGUUUUCUCCUCACUAAGUCUGAAUCUGCUGCCUGAGAGAGCUGCUACUUUGAUGGUGUAUGAUGACGUAGUUCAGAUAAUCUCAGGAUACCAAGGAUCAAAGCUGCAGCCCUGGGUUCAAUUCCAAAGACGAGCUCUGAGUCUACCUCCUAACGCCACCUACACCAACCUGACCGCCUUCCUCACCGUCACUCACUCAGAGCAAGACACACAGCACUUCCCUUACCUGCAGGGCCUCCGUGCCAACAGCACAGGGAGUGACCACAGGUUUGAGCUGACUCCUGUAUCUGCCAUCAGCGUCCAACUCCUGGGCAGCGAUGGGGCGGCGCUUCAGGUCAGUGAGCCAAUCAGUGUUGGCAUUCCUCUCCCUGCUAAUAGCGGUCUGAAGGAAAAUGACCACAUUCCCGCAUGGAGGUUUGAUCCCAAAAUCGGAGCCUGGUUGAAGAGCAGUUUGGGGUCUGUUCAGAAAGAAGGAGGUGAGCUAAUACUCACCUAUAUCGCCCCUCAACUUGGUUACUGGGUGGCAGCCAUGUCUCCAAUAAACACAGGUCCUGUGGUUGAGAAGGACAUCAGCAGGUACCACACAGUGUUCCUGUUGGCCAUACUGGGAGGCAUGGCCCUUAUCCUGCUCUUCCUCCUCUGUCUUCUGCUAUGUUACUGCAGGAGAAAGUGUUCACGCCCCCGACGAGCUCACCAAAAGUACAGUCUAUCCUCAGCUUUGGACAGCUCCAAACGUGACCAGGCUACGUCCAUGUCCAAUCUCAACCUGAUCAGCGAGACCCAGCUGGACCCUGUGGUGGCUGAACCAGACCUCCACACACCCAUGCUGAUGGCUGUCCCUCACCGCUCGUCCACCACCGAGCUGGUGUUGUCUCAGGAUGAAUUUGGUAGCCGGUCCCAGCGCGAGUACCGCCGCAGCUACAACUCCGUCAUCUCGUCGGUCGUCCACCCUCUUCACGCCUCUGUUUCGUCCUCAUCCCCCUAUCCUCUACAUCACACUGUCUCAGCUGGCCGUCUGUCUUCAGAAAGCAAGGCCAGUCCACGGAAUCGCUGCCUCUCGCAGGCUACGACCGUGGCCACCGCUUCUCCAGACAGGGACCUGGGAGUGGAGCAUCGUCCAUCUGACUACAUGCUCUCACGCUCAGUGGAUCAGCUGGAGCGCCCGGCUCUGCUGCCCCGCCCUGGUGAGUUGAUCUGCUGUACCUCAGAGCUUCAGGUGAGCCAUGGAGGAGCUAGCUACCAGAAAGGCCGACCCACUUUACUUAUCCCAGCCCAUUAUAUGCGGCUACCCGGGACACACCCGCUGUCUGGUCAAGCGCUGCUGCUUCAGUCGGAUGAGCGCAGCGAGCUUGAGAGCAUUCAGGCAGAACUUAAUGCAUCGCAUCAGCUGCAAGCAGAUACAGGACAGGGAGAAAGUGAAGUAGGGGUGGAGAAGAGCAAAGAAGGACCGAGGGACGCAGGAGGGACUGCAAAUGACUGGACUUUACAGACAGCCGCUCUCCCCGAAGCUUUGUCUAUUCCAACCUCGCUAAGCAAUCCAGGGCUUGGGGUGGUGCAGAUGAACGGAGAAGAUCAACUACUUGCUGAAAAAACAUUAAUGAAGCUGAGAGGCGGAAAGCCGCUGGCACACCCACGAGCUUGGUUUGUUUCGCUGGACGGCCGUUCAAAUGCGCACAUCCGCCAUUCCUACAUUGACCUGCAGAGGGCAGGCCACGGUGUCGGUUCUGCAGGCAGCAAUGACGCUAGUCUGGACUCGGGGGUAGACGUCAGUGAUGUCACGCCAGGACGCAGGGGGAAGGUUAAACAUAAAGCACAGGUUGUGUCACCCGCUGUAGCAAGCACACCGCUCGUAUUUGUAGAUAAUAACAAUGCCAAAGCUAGCGCUAGCGAUAACUCUGUAGAGAUUGUCAAUAAGCCCCAGACUCCAGUCUGCAGCCCAGAGGACAAUUCACUCACACCUUCAUUGCCCAACACUAAAGUUGAGGAAGAAUGCUUAGAGCCUUCUUCACCUCCUUUGCUCCCCACCCCUCCUGUUCCAUCAUCUCCUCCUCUUCCUUCCCCUCCCCCUCUCCCAGACCCCACAUUGUUAGAGGACGGGGAUGAAAGAGUUGAUGAUGAUACAUUUUUGAGGAACGAGCAUGCCCUGGCACAACUUAAGCUUCCCUCAAGCAACAGUGCCCCUGAUGGUUUAGCCGUGCCCGACGACAACGGGGAGGAAGAGAACAAGAAGAGUCCCUGGCAGAAACGUGAGGAGAGGCCACUACUUGCCUUUAACCUCAAAUAACUCCUGACAUUUAAGGUUAUUCGCCUGUGGAUUUUCCUUUUGAAUGAAGGCACCUGGUUCUGCCUACCUUACGUAACAAGCUGAAGCACAGACGUUUGUAUCAGACCCGUAACAGCUUUAAGCAUCACCUCUGAGUCUGUGAAUGAGGAACUUGAUUGUGUAGGGACAAAGUGACUUCCAUAAGCAAGCAAAAAAGCACUCCUUAAACACAUUUAUGCACAACAGCUACGCCUUUUUAAGCAAACUGAACUUAAACAGCCGUUGUAUGAAGGUGAAAUGUGUAGCUUUAUGAACUGCUGCUGAUCAGGUAAGCAAUUGGCUCUUCGGUUGACAGCAUAUGGGCACUGUGACUCAUCAACUGUACUAGAUACAGCCGUUUAUAUUCAUCCGUUGUGGUUCAGAACUUGGGAGAACUCAUUUAUGAAUCACUGAUAUGUCUUUCAUGACUUAACGAAAUGAUUUAUUAAAUAAUUAAAUAAUCACAAAUUUUCACUAAAGUCUGGAUAGGGUCAGCAUCCAACAUCUGCUUUUUUGUUUUGCACUGAAGCUACAAGCCUAGCUAGCAAAUAGCUUAAGUCUCUUACUCUAUGUACCCACACACACACACAGAGGGGGCAGAAAAUGUAUACACACUUGUGUACUAUCCCUAACGACGUUCUCUUGAUUUAACACCCCUGUACUUAACACCCAAGAAUUUGGUGUAUCGUAGAUGGCAGUGCUACUUGAAGAUAUUAAAAUGGCAUGCUCAGCAAUCCCAGUCCAAUGGAUAAGGCACUGGCCUCCUAAGCCAGAGAGUGUGGGUUCGAGUCCCAUCUGGGGUGUUUAGAAAGCAGAUACCUUCUCAGCAAUCCCACUAGACACUUUGGCCAACGUUGCUUAAGCAGUAGUUUGCCGUAAUCAGAAGUGUCUGGACGCUUAUAAUAAACACUUUGAGCACCUGUUAUAACUGUAGAAGUCAAAAGUGACUUAUAUAUUCAUGCGAUGAUGUCUGUAUAAAUAAAUUUAGUAUUACAGUAUUUAUACAGGCUUUUUUUGUUAAAGUGGGUAUACAUUCUGGCCCUUAUGUAUGUGUAUAUGUUUUAAGUUUUGCUUAUUUUAAUCGAAUUUUAAUUUUAACUAGAGACACAUUAGAGCCUGAGUAGUAUCUGAAUAAUAUUUGACCCAUAAUGCAUUUAAGAUCUUAAUCUUUUUAUUAUUUGAGUAAAAUAAUUCAAAUGCAGUAUUUUUCCAUCCACUCCAUAUUUAUAGUGUCACUAUUACUGUUACAUAGUACACAGCUUCUUGUUCUUUACACUUGCAGGCCCAUAAUGCGACACACACAGCUAUGCAUUGCUUUAAAUACUGGAAUUUGGAAGCUUGUUAUGCAUUUCUUUGCUAUUGUAUUUACUGUAACUUUAAAUGCAAUUUAAUGCAUUUUGAUGAACUUAUGUUAUUUUAUAGACACACAUCAAUUGCUACCUGUUUCAAGUGCCUAUGUAGCAAAUGCGUUAAAAUCACAAUCCUAACCACUUCUUUUACAUCACGUGACGUAUCCACGGCUGAAGCCAGAAGUUUACCUACACUUGUAAGUCACAUGUCUUGGGACUGUCUUGGGAUUUUAAUUUCUGCAGCUGUUUGUUUUCUUUAACUGAAACUUACUUUUCUCCUAAAAACAUAAAGUUCCAUUUUUUUAUAAUUAAUUUUUUAAUGUGGCGAUUUGUUGGGUAAAAAAAUAAAGCUAUAAAGAUUGUGUACUUUAAAGAGAAGUCUGUCCACCACAGUUCAAACGAAAACCUCUAUAACAGACGAUGAUACAAGUGUAUGUAAACUUUUGACCCUCAUUGUGUUCAUUUUUUAUUUCUGUAUUGUAAUGUAAGUCUUACAUACUAUUGUAUGUGUGUAUCUGUGUUAGAGAGAGAGAGAGAGAGAGAGAGAGUGCACACAGUUGUUUUGUACUUGUAAAAUGUGAGGAGUGUGUCUGCAAAAGCCUGUGUAUUUUUUUUUUCAUUUGUGUGUGUGUGUGACAUGAGCAUUUUUUGUGUGUUUGAAAGUUUGUAUGCGAUUGCAUUUUUAUUUUAUAGAUGCUACAUGUGUUGUUGAUGUAGCUCUUGACUAAAUGCAGUGUGUUUGAUAGCAUUUAUGACUGUGACUUAACCACUCUGCAAUCAUUACAUGUAUCCGUCCCAAAAACUUUGAAUGUCUGGACUUUUUUUCGUGUAUGUUAUAAUUGAGAUCAGU